AUGGCGCGCUCCAGCGUGUACCAUGUUAUGUUAUGUACUGUACUUAGUAUCCAUACGACCAUACUGCCUCCUGCCCUCCUCCCUCUCUUCACUUGCCCUGUGUGUGUCGGCCGGCAACCUGCCUCCCGCAACCUCGAGCUCCUCCUCUCCCGCAGCGGCGGCCUCAUGGCUCACCACACGACGCUCCGGUGGGAUGCAUUUGCCAAAGGUACUCCGCUAUGGGAUGUUGAUCCGGUCCCUGGUGAACUGGUUGUUGGUUUAAAUGGAGACAUGUACUACAUACCACCCGGUGAUGCUCUGGUCUCCGCUUCAGGUGCCAUGGCAGAGACGCCAAAGACGUUGGGCUACAUCUUGGGGGAGGAAAUCUGGAGUUUUCUCAUGGGGUGGGAUGAACAAGAUCCUGUUGCCGAUACUCUCUUGAGCCCGCCGUCACAGGCGCUGGAUCUCCGGUGA